UAACGGUACCAUCUAGCGCUUCAUCGUGUCCAAAAUGUUGAAAACAACUUGCAGAAAUACACGUGUAUUUUUCCCGUUUAUUUCUCAUGUAAAACAUGGACUUAGCAUACAAAAAGCAAGCUUGGGAUUAACUGCAAACACAUCGCGUUCUAUUAAUGGUUUUUCAAGUUACGCGUCCUGGUUUAGAAAAGGGCAAAGCGGGAAAGCUUUGCGGCACAAGUCGGACGGUGCAGCGUCGAAUGACCGCCAAUUGGUGUACGAAGGCCCGUUGUCUCGUUCUAUACAGCUCGUGAAAGUGUUCUCGCUUUCAACAGCUCUAGCCACGGUCGUGGCCACGCCAAUUCUCAUGUUAUACGGAAAGGAAAGUGUCCCGCUUGUUGGCAAAGUGGCAAUAGCCACGACUAUUUUACUGGCUGGGACUUCGACAACUUUUUUACUACACUGGAUUACGAAGGUCUAUGUGCACAAAAUGUUUUAUAAUGUAGCUACUGAAACAUUCAUUGUCGAAACUAUGUCUAUGUUGGCGAGGAGAAAAGAGACCGCGUUGAAACUGAAUGAAAUAAGGUUAGCAAAGGAACCCACAGCGUUUACAACAUUUCAAGGCAAUGGGAAGAAAUAUUUUUUGCAUACUGAUCUUCUGGAGGCCCAGCAAGUUCUGCAGUUUAUCCGAGAAAAUCGUACAUAAGGAUUUUUUAAAGGUUAGUAAGAAUGUGGUGACAGACAGAUUUGUCCUGCUUUCAUCGACUUGUCUGCAUUAGGCGGGUGUGGGUACCACAAAAUUACUGGGGUGGGAGGUGCUAAGCAAUAGGUGCAAUUAACAAAUGACAGUUGGAUAUCUACAAACAAUAGCGUGAGAAUGGGGCUUUGCAAAGUUGUAAAUAUUCUAUUCUCAGAUCCGAGGUCAUGUUAUCGAUUUUUCAUCUUCAUAUUUUUCAGAAAUGGACCCCAGAAUCGAAAUCGUCAUGCUUGAACAAUGUUUAGACAUUGUGAUUUCUGGCAUUCUGAGAAUUUUGUGUUUACCAUACAUUUGUAUGGAACUUUUGCUGCAGUGAAAAAAAUUUGCCCUGAAUGUCCAAAAUCAUGAAAUUUUCAGUAUAGACUAAUUUGAGCAUCACUUAUUGCAAUUCUGAGGUCCAUUUUUGACAAAAUUCUGUAUAUAGUGAGAUGAAAAAUUGACGUCAACCUGGAUUGGAGAACUGGUGAAGUAAAAACAUGAAGUUCUGCUACAUGUUGUUCUUGACAACUGGUGCAUAAUUUGAAAAUGGAGUUUGCUGAACAAGUCUGCUAUCACAGGCAUAUGCUGGCCCUGUAUGCUUAAGUCUAAAUUGAAACCUUUGUUAAACUAUGCCUAGAAAAGCUUGAAUUUGAAUUUGAAUUUAUUAAUUGACAUUCCCUAAAAUGGGCUUUUCAAUGACAAUUUACAUGGAUUUUAGAAAAAAUUAUGAGUUAUCGACUAUAUAUAUUUACAACAAUCGUAUCAAAGUUAUUACAUGAACUAAAAUUAUACUAUAUAUUAUAGUUUAUGAGUUAAAAAAGUUAAAAAGAAGGACAUCGCUUCUCAAUAAGAAUUGUCUUAAGUUUCGUCUUAAAAUUGUUCAGAUCACUAAUUGAUUUCAGCUCUAUCUAGACCAUUCCAUAUCUUAGUCCCUCGGUAUUUGAACAAUCUUUGCCCGAUCGAUGUCCUAUAUUUUGGAAUAUCCAGGUCUCCAUUUCUUCUAGUAUCUCGGUUAUGAAUUCUGUUUCGUGGUUCAAAAUUAUCACAUAAAUACUGUGGAGCUUUGUCAUUCAUACAUUUAAAUGUCAAUAACGCAUCUCUGUACAAUAGAUGUUCUUUGAUUGACAACCAUCCUAACACGUUUAAUGUUGGUGAUAUAUGAUCAUACUUAUGCACCCCUGUAAUUAAUCGGGCUGCGCAAUUUUGGAUUAAUUGGAUCUUUUUUAUGUUGCCAUCUGACGUAUUAGACCAUACUGUUGAACAAUAGUUAAUUUUACUCAUGACUAAUGUAUCGAUGAUUGUACAAAGUUAAACAAUAGUUAAUUUUACUCAUGACUAAUGUAUCGAUGAUUUAGACAGAAUAGUUCUACAAGUUCUCCCUUGUGAUCCAAUGCAGGAGCAAACUGGAGCAUCCUAAGUGAAAGGAUUGUCACAAUGUGAGGUGAAAUACUAGAUUCUCCUUAUGUUUUCGUAGUGCUUUGCAUUGUGGUUAUAGUGCUAUCACUGAUAUUCAAGAUGGAUUACUUUUUGUUGGUUUGUCCUGACCCGUGCAAGAACUUUAAAAAAAAAAGCUAGGGUCAGGUGCGCGAUAGCCAACAGCAAAAUAUUCGCGAAAACAUUCAAUAUUUUCAUUUGAGGCCGGUAUUUUUAUCAGUGAUACCACUAUAACCCCAAUGCAAAGCACUACGAAAAUGUAAUAAGGGGAAUCAUGAAUUAUAAUCAUACAACUGCAUUAUUACAGGAAUCAAACUUCUAAUGGCGCCUGCACUAACAACCACUGCGCUGGAAACACUUGGUACCAGAGGUAGAUGAAAUUGAAACCCUCAUCUCUGGAUAUAGUGGAGUGAACACCACUGCUUGAAAAUGUCUGGCUGGACCGCUGCCAGGAAAUGUUUUAACAAAAUAUCAUCACAGGAAAUUUUCUUGCACCUUGUAGGAAAUUUUUGUCAUCUUAUGUACUGGAAUGCUAUAUAAUUUACUUAUUGUCUGAAAAUUGUAGAAGCAUUUUGCAAAUCGAGAUUGUCUUGUACCGAGAUUUGAUCGCAAUGUGUGGGACCAUCCGUUCCCUGAGCAAUGGUAGAUUAGAAUGCAAUUACAAUGAAUUACAAUGCACAUGAAGUUUUUAUUUUUGGAUUUUGCUGCUAGGAAGAGAAAUAUAUUUUCUGCUGGUGAACAUAUUGGAAUGCGACAUUCUGGCCUUUGGCAUGAUCUCUACCGACCUUUUCAACUACUGUAUGCAUUUUCAUAGUUAUAUCAAUUAUCAUUAAAAAAUGCAAAAGAGUUUUUCUCUAUGAUUUAUGUACAAUUUCCCAAGAUUUGUGGGAAGUAUAUCUUUAAAAUUUUUACAUUAAUACAGCGGACAGGAAAAAUUCAUAGACACAUUUUCUGGUAGGCAGUUUGCUAACUCAAAUUCAAAUUGUUUAUGGAACAUUUCAUGACAGUUCUGAUGGUGACUGGAUUAUUCCAGAAAACAUUCACACCUCCCCCACAGAGGAAAUUAGAAAUUAACCUCCAUCCGUCGAUCCUACACACAUAAAAAUUGAGAAAAUCAACAACUUGUUCCAGGUUGAUAUCAACAGGCGUGAACAAGGUUGUGCGGCCCACUAUGAACAGUAUUGUCACCAUGUUGUUACAGCAUUGUUCAACUGUAACAACUUGGGACAACAUGGUUGACAACUUGUUCAUAGUUGGCCGCAUAACAUUGUUCAUGCCUGUCGAUAUCAACUUGGAACCACCUGUGCGCUUUUAGAUGUGUAGUACAGUUUACUAUCAUCAGAAUUCGAUUUUUCCAUCCCUCCCCCUGACCGGAGAAAUUUCCUCCUUAGGCAAGGGUGGAUCUUUUCUGGAACAAUGCAUUAUCCCUGGCUAAUUUUCUCAGAAUUGUGCUGGAGACUUUGUGGGGUGCACCCCCCCCCCUGUACUACUCUAGAAAAUCUACAUAGGUUUUGGGUUAGGUUGUAAAGGCCCAUUUCCACUCAAGAAAAAUUUCCACAGACAGAAAAGUUUCAAAAAAAAUAUGUUGAAAGAGGAAAAUUUUCAACUUCAAAUAUUUUUUCCGACGGAAAAUUUGUGUCGGUCAUUUACAUUUUACAAAAUUUUGUUUCUGCGGAAAAUUUUCCCGAGUGGAAAUGGGCCUUUAACUAAAGUAAGAAAUUGGAACAUUUACCACAUUUUGCAUCCAAGGGUGAAUAAUUAGUACAUACAGUUGCAUUAACAGUGGCAAACACUUUGCAAGAUACUGGGGUGCAAAUUGAAGUUCAACUAACAUAUUUUAACCUAAUUGCUGCAAAUUGAGAUUCUAAAAACAUUUUCGACUUUGAAAAUUGGUUCCCAUUUCCCUAACAUUUCUUUUAUGGUUGUACAACCAUUUUUAGUUCAUUGGCUAUCAUUCAACGGCGUUUGUUUUUGCCAGUGACCAUUCAUCCUUAGGUGCAAACCUUACAGAAAAAAAUAAACACUGUGACCUGUGAAUAAACAUACAAAAAAUAACACAGUGAAGUGUGAAUUUUUCAUGUCACCUGAAUUUGCUAAAUUGAGCUUAGUUUAUCAUUAAUUUGUUAAAAUAUACAAAAGUUGAUUAGCCUCCAAAAUCGGUGCUAUUAUUAAGCUGUGGUAUGUAGUUCCAUAUGCACAUUUUUUGUCUGGUGAUUAAUUUAACUUAUUAAUUAACUUAUAUUAAUACUAAUAUAGUACAUAGUUAUCUUAUCAUAAAAAUAUUUGUGUCCUCGAACAUCAUCAAACCUGUGAAAGAGAAGGACAAUCUUUGAUUAAUUCAAAGUCUGUUAACCCAUUGAGCACCAUCGCUCUCCCCUUGACCUGAGGCCAGAUUUUGGUGGAAAUAGUGGGGGAGGUGGAAAAAAUUCAGGGGAGGUGCAGCGGUCUAGCUCACGACCCCCAUGGAAAGUUAGGGCUUAGAACGAGGCAAAGUCAACGAUGUGAUGUAUGUAUGUAGUGUACACAUGUAUCAGUGUAUUAAUGAAUUAUGACUGUACAGCCCAUCCAAUCCUACCCUUCAUUACAAUUACUGCAAAGUUUCUUUCAAAACAUUGCAUUAAAAGGGUGCUAGACACAGAGAUAUCACUGUUUCAAUUUUACAGAAAAACUUUCUUUUUUAAAGUUGUAGACCCUAUGCAACCAAAAAAUGCCAAACUCUAAUCUAUCAUUGAAACUUUCCCAAGAGGUGCAUGACUUUUCAGGAGAGGUGCAAAAAUUCUCAGGGGAGGUGAAAACGAUCUCAGGGGAGGUGUGCACCUCCCCACAAAAUCCGGCCAUGUCUACCCUGGGUUCAGAGGUUUUCUGGAGUCAGACCUUUGGCCAGCACCGCCUGAGUGCAGGCUACAGCUUCUGAAAAACAGGAAACCCCUGAUCCAGGGUAGGCCAUGUCUUGACCAGUAUUAAAUUAACGUCUGGUCUAGGUUGCGUCAGGGCACAAAGUCACUGAAAAGGGAUAAACUUUAAAGAAAUAUUAUAUGUAUGAACAUUGGAAGGCAUACAAUACUCGAUAAAAUGUAUGGACGUCUAGCAGUUGUGGACAUUGGAAGUCAAAUGAGAACCGCGUAUGGUAUAGCAGAUUUGAAAAAAUUACAUCUAAAGUAAAGUCUAAAACCUCGUCAGCUUAAGUCCUGGGGAGAAUGAGAGUUGACGAGAGUUGGCUGAAAAGCGAGAGUUUGCAUGAGAGUUCUCAACUCUCUUACCUCUGUCAAACGAAAACAAGAGUUGCUUGAGAGUUGAUGACAUAGAUAUCUUAUAUACACUAGAUAGUGCAUCUAAUUAUUCUGCAAUUCAAAAAUUGAAGCCGUGAUUGCAGACUCAGGAUAUUCCCAUGAAACGAGAAGACUCGUAUGUUUUCUAUUUCUUAAACAGGGAACUUAAACAUUAAGUUAAACCUAUUCCAAAUACAUUUUCAAACUGUUCAAAUGAUGAAAGUUAUUGUUGUUUUUUAAGCGUUUAUUAGCGAGUGGGAACUACCAACAUGGCCUCCAUCUAUUCAAAUGGGGGUAACCGCUGGAAUAUUCUUGGCUUCAAUUUUACUAAAAGAGAUGCGCUAUCUAGUGUAUAUAAGAUAUCUAUGCUUGAUGAACUAACUAUUUUCCCUGAUUGGUCAUUAAUUACAAUGGUGAAUAUAGUCGGUACUUGAAGUUGAACUUCUGUAAUCUAGACUUACCACAGUAUGAUAGCCACCAUGAGACGGUGAGUUUUCCAGAGUAAUUCCAGCCUGUGGAGUAGGACUAGUUGGUCCAGCAUCUAAACAUUUCUUCACCAAACUUGCAUCAGAUCUAGUCCUCUGAUGUGCGUUUUGUUUAGAACUAUUGUCCGUAACUUCAACGGCACUAAGCGGUCGUGAACUUGAAAAGCGGCCCAUAAGUGUCCUCCUUUUUGAGGGCUUACCCCCCUUGCUGUUUUUGCUCUCACUAUUUUGUCCUGCCUUUCCACCUUUGGUCUUUGUACUAUCAUUUUGCCUUUGCUUCCCGCCUUUAGAAGAAUUUAAACUGUCAUUACUCUCUGUUAAGGUGUCCGAAGAGCCCUUUUCUGAGCCUUUAGACCCCUUUUCUGAGCCUUUAGACCCCUUUUCCGAGCCUUUAGACCCCCUUUCUGAGCCUUUAGACCCCUCUGGCGUUUUAUUCCGCCCGCGAGGCCCAAACAACUUCUGUCUUAGUGAUGCUCGUCGUUCAAACGUACUCUGUUCAUCUCCUGAAUCCGUUAAAUCAGCCGGCUGCGAUUUUGUCCUUUUUGCAACCGGCUUCGCUUCUGUGUUCUCGUCGGGCGAGGGUUUAACAUGUAUCGUCGUAGCCCCGACAUGUGUCGUCGGCGAAUCGGAAUGUAUCUUGUUGAGGUUAUUCGAGCUGCGCCGUAAAGUCGAAACUCUGCGAGUGAGGCGUCGUUUAUUUAAAAGUGGACUCGAGUAAGGACCGGGGUAUGUUGUGUUGGAUAUUAUCGACAUGCUCAUUGUUGCACUGAAGUGUGAACUUUCGUCGAACAUUGAUGAUCGUGUUGUGGGCACUUGCUCCCCUGGUUGACUUCCAACACUGAUCCCAGUUGUUGCUUCGGCAAGACCGUACUCUGAAAUAGAAAUUGACCGGUUUGAAGGUAGUGCUGUGCGCCGGAGUUUGGCCUAUUUUGCCGCAGCCGGGGUUUGUUAAACUCCGGCAGGCAAAACUUUUUUUCCCGGAGCCGGCGUUUUUUUGGCCGGAGUUGGAGGUGAAAAACUCGGAGCUUGCACAGCACGGGGACAUGUCCCUCUUUUCAUUUAGCCGUCAAACUUGAACGCUGGUUAAUCGUUAACCGUUAACGAGUAAUUGGCUGACCUUAUAGCCAUGCAGUAUAAAAACGUUAAGUAAUAAGUAAGGCGUAAAAAAAAAUACCUGUGGUUCCGGUUCCCGAUCGACCCUAUUUUUUUCUGCCGACCCUAUUAUUUUUUCAACGCGAUUGACCGUGCGACCCUAUUUUCUCCAGGUGGUUGCGGGCUGCUCAUACAGCGUGCCAAAAUGGCGUCUGUUGUCACACUAAUUAUUGAACCAAAUUGCCUCAAUUCGUCCAUAGGAAAUACCCACCUCUAGUUAAUAUUGAUGUCGGGACUCUACUGCAAAUCGCCCAGCAAAAAAACUGGCAAAACCAUGAAAAAAAUAUUAAAAAAAAAAAUUUAUUUCCGACCUACCGACCCUAAUUUUUUCACGAUAUGAAACCGGAACCACAGGGUUUUUUUUACGCCUAACAUAUACAUUCACAACAUAUACAUAUAUAUUCUCUUUCAACUUAAGCUGUUGUUCGUAAUUCGUCAUGUUUUCUGUAAAUUGCAUAUUUGUUCUCGUCUUUGAUUUAUGUUUCUUAUAGUUUGUUUUCAUUAAGGUUGGUCUUCACAUGGGGCUAUUCAUGUCCUGUUGACCAUACCUUCAACCAUAUUAUGUAGUGGUUUAAUCUAUUUUAUGUUUGGUUGUAAAGUUAAUAAAUAAAUAAAUAAAUAUACAUUACUACUGGAACACACUAACACUUGACCUGCAGCUGUAGGGAAAGUAGAUCAGAUAAAAUUGACAGAGCUGGAUUGUAUGAACAAACUAUUACCUCUAUUUCUGACUGCUUGCCUCCACAGGAGUCUGGUGAUUUCAAUCACCCAUGACGUUUUUGUUUCCAUGUUUUUAGCCUGACAAAGAAAAGAAGAUGUAAAUGGGAAAAUAUUCCUUUCGAAGUUUGAACGAAUGUUGAACAACCUCAUAUGAGGUCAGGUAACAAGAUAUGAAUUUACAAUCUUUUAAUUGUCUAAAACAAAGAAUAUGGCUUGUAAAAUAAUGCUAUGGUAAUCCCAGGUUAUCCGUGACUAAAUAUUUCAAACUCUUCCCCAAGCGCGAAGGACGAGGAAUGAAAUGUGUAGCUACAUUUCAUUGUCCAACAUUGAUCAAGAAUAACCAAAUACAGUAAAAUACAAGCUGAAAGUUAUAUUUUAUCGUACAUUAGGCAGAAGUGCAUUCUAUACCUGCAGUAUAACUGUAUCUUUCACGUUCCGUCGUCUUCGAAACCAGAGUUCAAAUCUUAAACCACUUUCACCAACGGAUUCUGUCAGGCCGAUGUCAGCAGUCUAAAAAAUAAACACAAACAUGGCGUCCAGCGUAUGUACUAUUGCGCAAUAGCUGGUGUGAACAUCUACGUUGCGAGCGUGGCCAGGAAGUGAGUAAGCGACUACCAACCUUGUGACAAAACCUGCGCUCGGAACAUCGAAGUGUUUUUCAUCUUUUUCAUGCAGUAUGAUGGUCGGUAAUAAGUACUAAGACUUGAAUAUCUAACACCUCUGAAAAAACUGUACCUUUAAAGAACUUUUAUAAAUAAAUAUAUCUGCGCCACUUGCUUGCUUUCUUGUCUUACUAAACAAAACCAUGUCUUCAAACAAAAACACUCUUCGACAAUGUUUCUUCUUGCUUUGCCAGACAAUAAAAUCAUCCUG